UUGGCCAUGAAUUUCCUAUUAUGUUUGACUGACAUUUCAAAAUUGUGUUUUCAUCUUGCUUACAACUUUUUUGGCACCGGAAGGAAAGACGGGGAUUUACCAUAAGCACUUUUUGGCCAAUAAAUGGUGACGAGCCCGAAGUUCCGAUAGCGAAGACAGUUUGCCUCAGAACGCCGACGAAUCGGUUUGCCAAUCUGGAAUCAGCAACCAUGAACAGCUUCGAAAAUGCGGUUGAAUUCGACCACGAUGAGAACCUGCUAAACAGCAAGACAAAUGUGUCUCACCUGACGGAAUUUCUGGCUUUGCUCAACCUAAAAUCAUCCGAGGAGCACAGCGAUGAGAAACUAAUGCAACUUAAGCGGGAAGCGGAUCUACUGGACUGGAAUAGCAAUUCACCCAAUUAUUAUUUUCAAAAGGAGGAAUUAAUCUUUAAGGUCGUGUGCGAAAUUAAGGGUAUUGACCACGACGAGUGGCUUAGAAUGGAACAGGGAUCUCCAUCCGCCGACUUAUUUGCCGAUUUUCUCGCAGACCAAUUUGUCUGCGAUGGAAUUUGACAAAUAGCCGCCCUAAUUUAAGCUCACCGAUCGAUGCUUUUAUUAUUUUAAUAAACGUUUAUAUUUUCUAAAGGUA